AUGCUCAGGGUUCCGACAAGGUGGAUAUGUUCAUCUUCACCGGCGGCCCUCGUGCAAGUUAACGAUGGCCCUGUGGCCCUCUGCUGUAUUAUCGCCGCACAACAUGAGGCCGCUUCGUGGGAAUUUGAAUUCCCAAUUACGAUAUCGCAUCAGCAUGCUGUUAGACUUACAGCACAGGACUUUUCGUCUGUGGAGACGCACAAUAUUUGUUUUUUGAACGAUGCCUCUUCCAGAAAACGACGCUUUGUGGAAUCACCACCUGCCAUUGCGGGGAAUUGGGACGUCCUCCAAAUUCAGACACCAAUGAAUACUUAUUUUGCAAAGACCAUUAUAUUAGAGGGACCGCGAGUAAGUCUUCGGGGGUUUUUGGAUCGCCUCUUUGCAAGCAUGAUUGGCCACUAUGUUAUUGUUGGCUGCGAGAUUGAGACUGAGAAUGGAAGAUAUCGCGUGAAUUCUGUUGAGCUUCAAAGUGGGUACUGUGGGUUAGCGUUGGUAUGUGGAACGACACGUGUGAAACUUAACCACAAACCUGCCGUUUCCCGUCAUUUAUUUAGUCGGCUAAUAGGUUUGGACGAACAGGUGCGCGAGGUGGGUGCGGUAAUUCGAACUAUGGAAAGGCGUCCUGGAAGUUGGAUUGGCGUGCGUUUAUAUGCUCCCGAAGGUUGUGGGGCCUUGGCGCUGGUCCGACAAUGUUCAGCUGAGAGUCACGCGGCACUUGUGCAUUGGUCACCGACAGGCAUUUGGAGUCAAAAGGGGGAUCUGUGGGGGGCGAAUCUUGUGAUACUGUGUAUUCACUGCAUGGAUGCGAUGUUUCCUUUAUCUGAGGAUGCUUUGGCAAAGCUGACAGCGCGAGCUCUUCUUCAUGAUAUUGGCAAGCUGACAUCCAAACGCAAUGGAGCGAGAGCUGCUGUUGUACUGUUAGGAAUUACUUCCAAUAGCGCGUCAGAGGCAGUGGAUUCUCUUUUUACCGUGAAAAUAACAUUGGAUUUGCCAGACGUCUACACACGGGCUGCCCUUUUAGCGCACGUGCGCGGGGGUGAGGAUAAGGAAUACAUGGAUGAGGCUCAGACGCUUGUGGGGUUCUCCAGUGCAGCUGUUCUCGAAGUUGCUCAAAAUCCCCCUCGUGGAUACAGGCCACCAAUCAAGGCACUGCAUUGGUCGGAAAUUGGCGGUCUGAAAAAUGUGAAGGAACGAUUGCGCUCUGCUUUAAUACUCCCACGACUUCGACCGGAGCUCUUUGCACGGUUUGGUGUUGUGCCACCCCGUGGAAUUCUUUUGUACGGUCCACCUGGUUGUGCAAAGACGAGUCUGGUGAAGGCCAUGUGCUCGGAGGGAUAUUUUUCAUUUAUUUAUCUGGACUCAGCCACACUUAUUAGCGCAUUUGUCGGUGAAUCGGAACGACAAUUAAGGGAAGUCUUUCGAAAGGCGGCUCGGCAGACACCUUGCAUUGUCUUCUUUGACGAGGUGGAGGUAUUAGGUGGUAAACGGGGUGCGGGGUCACACGACAACGAUCAAUCACGCUUGCUUUCAACUUUAUUGACGGAGAUGGAUGGGUUUUCCUCUUCAAGUGGCGUGUGUUUUGUGGGGGCUACCAAUAAACCCCAUCUCAUUGAUAUUGCCUUACUUCGGCCUGGUCGGUUUGACUACUUGUUGUACGUCCCCCUUCCAUCGAGGGAUGAUCGCCAAGAGAUUCUUUCACGCUCCCUUGCAGGUACUUCCGCAGAUGUUGAUGCACUGGCGGAUGCUACGGAGGGAUUUAGUGGCGCCGAUCUCACAUCAUUAUCGUCGGAGGUUUUGCUGGAAUUGCUGGAGGGACCGGGGGAGAACAAGAAGGAGGGCAAUUAUACCAGUGAUGGGGGCCCUGAACCAAGUUGCCUCCAUGACGCCAAGGCCAUCACUGAUCUUUUUCUUGCACGAGUAAAAACGUUUUAUAAAACGGCGUACGACGUGGCGGAGAUUGAGAAAUUUCACGGAGACUUUGCUUCAUUAUGUGGCGCUGUGUAG